AUGUAUGUGAAAUGGUUUGAUACAGUAAUGUUAUACUAUGGGAUUUUAGUGAAUGUCACUUUUUGUCAUUUUCAAAUUUCCCGCCUUUCCGUCCCCCCGUACGUUCCGGCGCUCGCAGGGGACGGAACCCAGAUGACAGAUGCUGGCAUCCGCCGGAUUACAUUGCUGGGGACACUGCAGGAGGGACAUCGCGGGAGCGCAGGACAAGGUAAGUGAUCGAGGGAUCGCGGAGCAGCGCCGCAUGGUAAGCCCGAGUGUAGCUCGGGGUUACCGCUUGUGCUACACUCGGGAAUACCUCCAGGGAGGCUAC